AUUCCUUGUCUGACAGCGUUCUUCUAGUGUCUGAAAAAAUUCAUAAGUUAAUGUGCAUCAUUCGAGCUAGUGAAGAAGAACAAGACUAACUAACAAACAACAAUGGAAGGAACUUGUUUUCUCCGUGGGCAACCAACUCUCACAACAAUACCCUCUAUUCCCAGCAGAAAAGGAUUUCUUCUCCAAAGAUGGAAGACCAAUCGGAUUGUCAGGUUUUCAGGUUUAGAGAAUCACUCGGUUUCUGGGGGAAAGUCCAGGUCUUUCGAUCUUAGCCUCAGGGCUUCAGGUCCUAUAAGAGCAAGCUCUGCAGUAACAGAAGCAAGCCCUACGAACGUAAAUUCCAAAGAAGAAGACCUUGUCUUUGUUGCCGGUGCUACUGGUAAAGUUGGUUCUAGAACUGUGAGAGAACUACUGAAGCUCGGAUUUCGGGUUAGAGCUGGAGUUCGAAGUGCUCAGAGAGCUGGAAGUCUUGUGCAAAGUGUUAAGGGAAUGAAGCUCCAGAACACUGAUGAAGGAACUCAACCUGUAGAAAAGCUUGAAAUUGUGGAAUGUGACUUGGAGAAGAAAGAUUCGAUAAAGCCUGCAUUGGGAAAAGCAUCGGUGGUUAUAUGCUGUAUUGGUGCUAGCGAGAAAGAGAUCUCUGAUAUUACCGGCCCUUACAGGAUUGAUUACCUUGCCACCAAAAACCUUGUUGAUGCUGCAAAAUCUGCAAAAGUUAAUAACUUCAUUUUGGUGACAUCCUUGGGGACAAAUAAAUUUGGAUUUCCCGCUGCUAUUCUCAACCUAUUCUGGGGAGUUCUUUGCUGGAAGAGAAAAGCUGAAGAAGCGUUGAUUGAAAGUGGUCUCAAUUACACAAUAGUUAGGCCUGGAGGAAUGGAGAGGCCCACCGAUGCAUACAAAGAAACUCAUAAUCUAACUCUUUCUUUAGAUGAUACUUUGUUUGGUGGUCAAGUCUCAAAUCUCCAGGUUGCAGAAUUGCUCGCUUGUAUGGCAAAGAAUCCUCAACUUUCUUGCUCCAAGAUUGUGGAAGUGGUUGCUGAAACAACUGCUCCAUUAACUCCAAUGGAAAAGCUUCUUGAAAAGAUUCCUUCCAAACGUCCUUAUAUGCCUCCACCAAAGGCAUCAGUUGCAGCCAAAGAGGUCAAACCAGUCCCUACUAAGCCUGUCACUCAAGAGCCAACAGCUCCCAAGGAGGAUGAAGCACCUCCAAAAGAAAAAGAUGUGAAACCUAGGCCGCUGUCUCCUUAUGCAGCCUAUGAAGACUUGAAACCUCCAACAUCUCCUAUUCCAAGUUCGACCACAGCCAAAUCGAAGGAGGUAGAUGCCACUCAGGUUCCUGUUGAGGCCAAUGUAGUGCCAGAUAGUAUCUCAAAUGUCCUAGUAGAAGAAGAAGAAGAAGAAGUAAAGCAAGCUGUAGAAGAAGAAGUAAAGCAAACUGAGGAAAAGAAAGAGAGGCCCCUUUCCCCGUAUGCCUGCUACGAAGACUUGAAACCUCCAACAUCUCCUAUUCCAAGUUCGACCAAAUCGCUCGCUCCUGCCAAAUCGAAGGAGGUGGAUGCCACUCAGGUUCCUAUUGAGGCCAAUGUAGUGCCAGAUAGUAUCUCAAAUGUCCCAGUAGAAGAAGAAGUAAAGCAAGCUGUAGAAGAAGAAGAAGUAAAACAAGCUGAGGAAAAGAAAGAGAGGCCCCUUUCCCCUUAUGCCUGCUAUGAAAAUCUGAAACCACCUUCAUCACCCUGUCCUAAAGCUUCGGGUACCAGAAAAACUGAUUCUUUGUUGCCUGGUCCAGCCGAUUCUGAUACUGAUAAAAGCUCAACAGUUGCACCAAGUGUCACUGAGACAGCAGUUGCACCAAGUGUCACUGAGACAGCAGUUGCAACAAGUGCCCCUGAGACAGCAGUUGCGACAAGUCCCCCUGAGACAGCAGUUGCGACUAGUGCCCCUGAGACAGCAGUUGCAACAAGUGUUACCGAGACAGAAACACCAGCCACACCAAGAAUGAGGCCUCUUUCUCCUUAUGCAGUUUACGCUGACCUGAAACCACCAACCUCACCAACUCCUGCAUCAACCGGUUCCAAGGAAGCAGCAUCUGAGAUAACAGCAGCUGCAGAAGACAACUCAGAGUUGCCUGGAGGCAAUAAAGAGGUGCUGGAAACAGUUGAUGGAAGUUUGAACACUACUCCAUCUUCUUCUAUACCGGAAGCAGUACCAGUUGUUAGCAACGUAGACACUUCCAUUGCUUCAGGAGACAAUCCAGCUCAGCCAACGCCAAGACCUUUAUCACCUUACACAAUGUACGAGGACAUGAAGCCUCCAACUUCACCACUUCCAUCUCCAGUCAUCAAUCAUUAGUUAUGUGAAACGAGAAUUGGCCUCUUAAAUCCUGGAAAUUCUUCUUCUUGUUGUUAAUUACAGAUUCUAAACAUUGAGUGAGAGAGAGAUGGGGCAAUUCAGUUUUGCAGGUAUGAAUCAGUGAGCUUAUUUGUAGAGUAAUACAAUAUGCCUUAUGAGUUCUACUUUUAUUUCUCCUGUCCAACUAUCAUAUAUGGUAACCCAUUUGUUUUCUUUACCCAAAUGAGUUCUACUUUUUGUCA